AUGGCGAAUCUCAAUUUCUAUAAUACAGUACGUGCAAGCGUAGAUCCACCAAUGAUAAUUCUUUUAACAAUAAACUGUUUAAGCAAAGUAGAAAUUUGCAGACAUGAGCUGCCACUAAAGAUGUUGGAGGAAAAAGAAUUAGCUGCUCAAUACAAAAACAUAACUCGAAAGCAAGCUAAUUCAUCAUUUUUAUAUAGAUGGACUUGUGAAAAGUCUAAAAAAGAAAACAGUGAAGAUUGGUUUUGCAACAAUCAAAAUUGCAUCUUGAAUACAAAUACUAUAUCAAGAAUAUUCAAUAAAACUUGGUCAAAUCUCCCCAAAACCUUCAAAAAGAUUUUUAAUGAACAGUAUGAAAAGAUAAAAGAAAGACGUUUGAAACCACAGACAGGCUUAAUAUUCAUAACGGAUGAUCAAAAUCUAUAUAUCAAAAAUGCCCCCGGCUUGCAAAAUAACAAUCAAACCGCUUAUGGUAAUUCGAUUAAUAACAUUGUAGCUACUACUACUACGCAUAAAAGCAAUAUUAAUGGUAAUUCGUUAAUCGAUGCGAAUGGGGCGUCCCCUGAUAAUCGGAUUUCUUAUGAUGAUUCACUUAAUGUCAAUAUUUCUUUUAAUUCGUUAAUUGAUCAGAGUGACAAAUACUCCAAUCUAGAUGGCUAUUGGAUUCCUCGUGAUAACUCACCUAAUAUUAACACGACUACGCGCACAAGCAAUAUUUACGGUAAUUCGUUAGUCGAUGCGAGUGAUGCGUCUUCUAAUUUAAAUAGCAAUCGGAUUUCUUACGAUGAUUCACUUAAUACAUGUACCAAAAUUUACGGUAAUUCGUCAUUUGAUCUGGAUGGAAUGUAUCCUAAUGGCGAAUGGACUUACGAUCACUCUCUUAAUAUCGCUAUAACAACGCAUACAAGCAAUUUUUACGGUAAUUCGUUAAUCGAUCCCGGUGACGCGUCCUCUAAUUUAAAUGACAAUCAAAUUUCUUACGAUGAUUCACUUAACGCCAAUAUUUACGAUAAUUCGUUAAUUGAUCAGAAUGGCAUAUUUUCCAAUUUAAAUGGCAAUUGGACGCCUCAUAAUAACUCUUCUAAUAUCAUUACAACGGCACGUACAAACAAUAGUAACGAUAGGCCGUUAAGCGAGCUGGGUGACGCGUCCUUUAGGUUAAAUGACAAUCGGAUUCCUUAUGAUUCACUUAAUGUCAAUAUUUACGGUAAUUCAUUAAUUGAUUUGGAUAGCACCAUACACGCCAAUUUCAAUGACAAUUGGCUUCCUUACGAUAAUCACGCUACAACUACGCAUAUUAGCAAUAUUCACGGUAAUUCGUUAAUCGAUUCGAGUGGUGCGUCCUCUAAUUUAAAUGGCAAUCGGAUUUUUUACGAUGACUCACUUAAUACCAAUAUUUCCGGUAAUUCGUCAUUUGAUCCGGAUGGCACGUAUUCUAUUUAA